CAAAACUUGAAACGGGACCACACGCUCGACGGGACAAGUCCAAAGUGAUGGCCCUGAGAGAGAGUGUGGAUCCAGUGGUGAAGGCCUGAACUGAUGACCUCGCAGGAAGAACAUUGGGGGAAAGCAAGAACUGACAACUAUGGCGAUGUCAGUAGGCAAAUUAGGAAAACUGGAUGCCAUUUGUGCACGUCUACAGAAAACUCAAGGUGAUCUUGACCAGAAUGGAUGGCCCGGAACUUUCCAUGGUCUGGACAAAAGUAUUGAAGAUCCUGAAAACAAUAAUGUCCCCAUAACACUAAAAACACUCGGUAAAGUAUCAUCCUCUCCAACCUCAUCCACCAAGUCCCCGCCAACAGGCUCGCAAGGCACGGUGACAACAGUAAAACAUGCCUCUGGGCGGAGGAAAAACCGUAAAGCUGCUGUCCCAAGAAAUCUGACCCAAGUGAAUGAUUACUUAGAACAGUUUGCUGAAGAAAAAGACGAAUUACUUGACUAUAAAAUCAACAACCAGGACACAGAUUUCCCGCCCCAGGACAGUCGUAGCAACGAAAACAGUGAGGAUGAAAUUAGGAGCAACGAACAAGAUGACCAAGAGGAUUCCAACGACGCUUUUACAACAAAGCAGGCCUCUGAGGCUACCAUUAAUGCAAAAGAUGACAAGAACAACAACUCAGAUGCACCCGAAAGCAGUAAUGUGGCAUGUCCUAAGACUACUCAGCUUGGUGAUGUGAAGACAGUAGAUCAGGAAACGGAAGACGGCGUCUUAGAUCUGUCGGUGUCCAAAGUAACCAAUGGCAAUUCUGCCAAGAAAACUAAACCUUUGGCAUGUACAGAUCCAAGGCCUGUUGAGAAUGGCGAAACAAAAACUGAUGAUGAAGAGGACAAGAAUCAUCACCCAGUCACAGAAAAAACUGGUGAUGUAGAUGUGGCUGGAUUGAAGAGCUAUGCAGAAAGAACAAUGAAUGAGUUUCUAAGCAUGUAUGGGUUUCCCGGGGACCUAAGCGACACGAUGCCAGGACAGAUACCUCUGCAUAGCUUCUCCUUGGGCAAGAUGUUACACCCAAGAAAUGUGGACACUUCCCGCCCAUCAGUUGCCCCUCUGGUUCCACACAGUAUUCCCAUGGGUUCUGCUCUGCAUUCGCUGACCAGUCAGACGCCAGUCAGCCUCCCUGCCAGUAAUGGACACAGUAUUCACCCAAUCGCUUUGACCAAUGGUUCCAAAUUCAAUCAUCUAGCAGAAGGGCCUCAGUAUGGAAACCCCAAGGUUGUGUUUCCGUCAGCGCUGCCACACCCUGACAUCCGGUAUCGUCCAUAUCAUAGGGACUACAAGGUGGCUUUAAGAUCAAGUAUUGAUGCCAGUAUCUCCAGUCCGUCCAAUGCGGUGCUAUCCUCAGUUAUCUCCCCUUCAGUCAACAGAGUGCCACCUAGCUCUGGCCAGCAGACAGAUCUCUUGGUUUCCACUGUAACCAGCCCCAGUAAAUUAGUGCUACCCGAUUACAGCAAAUAUAUUCGAAGAUUUAAUAGUGCUCAGGAGUGUCAACGUGCCCAGUGCAGAGAUAUGGGCUACAGAGAACAUUUCCACUGCCUAGACUGUAACUUUAAGGUCUUUGUACGUAAAGAGGAGAUGAUCCGCCAUUUCAAGUGGCAUAAGAAGCGAGAUGAUUCUCUGCAGCAUGGCUUCAUGCGAUACAGCCCAAUGGAUGACUGCAGUAAGGAGUUUGGUGUCUGCACCCACAACGGUCGACAGACACACUAUCACUGUUUACAGUCUGGCUGUGAUAAAGUCUACAUCAGUACAUCCGAUGUUCAGAUGCAUGCCAAUUAUCACCGUAAGGAUUCUGCCAUCAUUCAGGAAGGGUUCCAACGUUUCAGAGCCACAGAGGAUUGUGGGACACCUUCAUGCAGCUUCUACGGCCAGCGAACAACCCAUUUUCACUGUAGACGACAAGAUUGUAAAUUCACCUUCAAAAACAAAGCCGACAUGGAGAAACACAAGAGCUACCACCAGAAAGAUGAGAUUUUGGGAAGAGACGGCUUCAAGAAGUUUAUGAAAUACGAACACUGUCCCUUCUCCUCAUGCCGAUUUUCAAAGAUUAGCAACCACAUUCACUGCAUAAGGCCUGGCUGUGACUAUGUCCUACAUUCGACUGGCCAGCUGUAUUCACACAAACGCAAGCACGAGCGCCGCGACUUUGAGAGUGCAUAUCGACGCUUCAAAGAAAACCAGAAAACACGCCCAGUGGGUGUCUCCUCCAAACCCGAGCCCUCCGUCCAUCCAGCCUUUGGGACUGUGACACAUGUCCCUGUGUCCCGUAUUGCAAAUUUUCAGCCAAUCACAACCCUAGCACAAAGCAUCCCACAUUUGCCAGCCAAUGGGAGAGCAGUUACCAGUGAACAGCCGGUGAUGCAAGAUACUGAGUAUGGUGACCUUGAAGACACAAGCCGCCUAUAUGCCUCAGGGGAGACAACUCCAUCAGGAUCCAUGUCUCCUGCCUCCAUGGCCACAAGCACCCAAUCAGAGAUGAGGACUGAUGUGACGAUGACUGUAAAGACAGAAUCUGAGGAUAUGGAAGAAGGUAGUCAGGAGGCUCUGGAAGGCGGUCCUCGCUCUUUGGGACUAGCGGCCUACAGCGAAGAAAUCUCUGGGGAUCAACUCAACGACUCCCUGACCCUACCCAUCCCUAAAUACACUGAGACAUCGACCACUGACACUCCUCAGAUAUCUCCGCAGAUCACCUACACUCCAAAUCAAAGUCCUCCUAAAACGCCACUGCCCCAGGUGGCGUCCGGUCUGUCCACACCUGUCAUAACUCCCACCCUGACAAUGUCCACUCCGUCCACACCCUCUGUGCACCUGGGUGUCCCCACCCCCAGACGUGACUGGCCAACACGGCUGGCCAUCUCCAUGGAGAAGAGACCCAAGGAUGAGUCCUGGAAGGCAUAUAUUAUCAGGUACACCGCUAACGAUCCGUGUAACUCUCGCUGUCAAUACCUGUACAAGGACCAUUAUCACUGUAAGGUGGACAACUGCACUGUGCUAUUCAAGUCCAAAGAUGCUGUACGAGAACAUGCCAGAUACCAUGAGUUACAGGAGAGAAUCACAGCUAUGGCAUACAAUACUUAUGAGAAGCUACAAGCCUGCCCUCAUGAGUGUGACUACAGUCUGAGAGAGAAACACUACCACUGCAUUUGGGCUGGCUGCCAUCAUGUCAUACAGGACAGUGGACCUAUCUUCAGCAGACUGGAGCAUUACAGAAUCCACGAGUACGCCAGAGUCUCAGCUGGUAAAUCAAACAAACUCCAUGAGAGCCCAGACUUUGGCAAACGUCGCAGAGGGCGUCCACCAAAGUACCCCCGGGCAGAAAUCCCUGUUGUGCCCAAAGUAGAGCUGUCUGAGGAAGAACUGAACACGUUGAACCGUAGCGGUAUGGGAAAUCAUGGGCGUCUGGUGAGCAGCUUUAAGAGAUUUGAAGACAACCAACCAUGCCCUGAUGAGCUCUGCCUGUACUACUUCAAGGCUCACUUCCACUGUGCCAGACCACGGUGUCACCACGCCACUGACAGGGAAGAUGUUCUUAACCUGCACACCAAAGAUUUCCAUAGCUUCGUCGACAUCAUGGAAGGCUUUGAGUUCUUUGACCGCAACGUGAACUGCCGUAGGCCUCAAUGCCACAACAACAAGGCCAAUCGUCACUUCCACUGUGUGCGCCCUCGCUGUGAUUACUCCUUUGUCAGACACACCACAAUGGCUCAGCAUGAUAAGAAGCACACUCCAGAUGAUGUAGAAGACUCUUUUAUGAAGUUACAGCCUAUGAUGAAGAGGGAUUAUCCAAACUUUGUCCCCAUUGCCCCUGCCCCAGGAUGGAGGCCAAAGACAGUUGUUAAAGCUGCGGGAACAUUUUACCCCAUCUCGACUAUCAACAACGGCCUGUUGCCCCAACGCCAGUCUCUCUCUGGAUCAACUGGUCCCCCCAUGCCAGCACCUUUGGUCUCUCACAUGACUUCAAACACAGUGAACAGUGCUCAGAUUACAUAUCCCGCCACUGCCACCAAUUUGUCCCAAGCUGUUCCUCUGACCAUGUUGCUGCAGCAAAAGCCUGGAAAUCACAUCCAGUUACCCACCUGGUCCACGCUACGCUCCCAGAUGCACUAUGCCAUACAGCAGAACUGUGCACGCCCAUUCUGUAAACUAAAGAAAAAGGAUCAUUAUCACUGCUUAGAAUGCAAUCAGGCGUUUUCUGACCCUGCUCGCCUGCGAUCACACAUUGGCAAACACGGGAUAAAACUGGAGCGAGUGGACUCGGGGAUGAGGGUUCAACGAUCUAUCGCCAUUGCUCCCAAGCAGAGUUUCAACGCCGAGGCAGAGUUACCCGAGGACUUGUCUGUUCAUUCUGCAGAGCCAGAGAAUCUGUCCUUGUCUGGAAGUCAGCAUGACAACGACAGUCAGAGAGACAGUGAGAGCCACCAGGACAGCGAGAGUCAUUCUGAAGAUGAACCCGAAGACCUCUCCACCAAAAAAGGGGAGGUAACUACAUCGGCAUCACUAAAUUUAACUCCUGAUGCAUUGAGCAACAUUUUAGCCAAGGACCAAGGCAUGAGGGAUUACUAUGGUCACCUGGAUGAUCUGUCUGAAGACAACAGCAACAGUGCACCAUCGACAUCUCAGUGGAAGGACUCGGAUGAUGACUGUUCGGCUGAUGAUCUGGUGAGAUCAGGAUACUCUGCAGCGGCAACAGGCAAUCCUGGCGAACCAUCUUCAAGACGGUCUGGUAGGAAAAGGUCAGCCUACAAAAUGGAUGACUUUGUGAACAGUGACUCGAUGGGAGCCAAACAGCAGCGUCUGUCAAGCCCAUCAUCUGGCAGAGAGGAGGAGUUGUUCAUGCCAGAGGGCUACCAGAAGUUCAAGUUCACGGAAGACUGCGGAUUUGAGACGUGUGUGUAUCGACGCAGCAUCACCCACUACCACUGCCAAAGGGCUGACUGUGGCUACAGCUUCUGCAAUCGCACACGAGUCAUCCAACACUCGCAGCGCCAUGAGCGCAUCGACGGAAUCACUGGCAAUGAGUUCAGGCAGUUCCGUGGCAACGUGGACUGCCAGUAUGAGGAUUGCGAGUAUGGUAACCGUUCAUCGCACUUCCAUUGUCUGCUCUGCUCCUACGUCUGUAUGGACGCUGCGCAAGUCCUGGCACAUCGCAAACACCACCAGAAAAUGAGGAAGAUCAUGGCACAAGGCUUCCAGAAGUUCUCUGGGUCAGAGGACUGUAAGAUCCUGACAUGCACGUACUACUACAAGAAGCAAACCCAUUACCACUGCACAGAGAGUGGCUGUAACUUUGUUGUUUUGUCUCCAUCACAGAUGGCCACACACAAGAUGAAGCACAUCCGAGAGAACAGAUGAAAGAUGAAAGGA